CGAGUCUAAGUCCCUAUCUGAACCAACAGGUGCGCUCUUAGGCCCUAUAGAACCGAUGACACACCAGUGUUAGUUACAACGUAUUGAUUGCCAUAAAUAUAAGCUAUAUGUAUAAUUUUGUAUCACAAAAAUGUAUAUGAUAACAAUUAAUUUUGAACAAACAAUAUUACGUUCAGUUAUCAUAACCCGUUUAGUUCCGACGUUGUAAAAGUAAACUGAAAGGAGAUCGCUCAAGGGCAGUCACUCUGUCGAAGUAAGGUGAUCUCAUGGUAGCUUAUUGAAGCGGACAGCUGCGGACACCCACCCACCUUGACCACAGCGAAUAAAAGGUGUUGGUCAGAGAUGGACCUUCCCCUCCCCCUCAGGCUUCUGCGGUACUCACUGCGAAUUGCCUAUGUCAUAGUAACCAACUUAAUGGCAAUCCCAGCCUACAUCACUUGGAUGUUUCUCCUAUACCCUGUGAAGUGCCUAGCUCCAAACAUCUUCUGGACCAUAGAACCUAUUCUAUUUAAAGGACUUUUGGCUUUCGUCACAUUCUGGGUCAGUUCUGGCGGUUACAGAAUGAUCGAGUCGGGAGAUCAACUGGACAAGAUAUUAGAAGCUAAGGCCAUUUUACUUGUGAAUCACCAGUCCACCUCAGAUGUCCCUGUUGUCAUGGCCAGUUUUCAACCCAAAAGACUAGCCAUAGGACAUAUGAUGUGGAUCAUGGAUUAUAUUUUCAAAUUCACAAAUUUUGGUUGGAUUUCUCAUUUCCAUGGAGAUUUCUUUAUACAACAGGGUAAAGUAGGCAGAGAAGAACAACUGACACUCCUAGAAAAUCAUCUAAACGUAAUAUUUAAAAAAUCACUUCAAAAAUGGAUAAUUUUGUUCCCAGAAGGAGGAUUUCUGAGGAAAAGACGCAAGAGGAGUCAAGACUUUGCCAAAAAACAUGACUACCCUGUGUUACAACAUGUGACGCUGCCGAGGCUCGGAGCUAUACAGGUCGUCAUCAACACGUUGUGCGAGAACAAUCACCCAGCUGCUGAAAGAAAAGAAUCCAAAGAGAAGCAUCCCUCCAAAUCUACAGGAAUUGACUGGGUCAUAGAUAUGACAAUAGGAUACCCACAGGCUGAACCACUCGACCUUCACGGAAUGUGUAUAGGAUACUGGGCGCCGCGCGACAUCUCUGUACACUACCGUGUCUAUCCUAUUAACGAAGUACCCACCCACAACACAGAACUCUUCACAAACUGGCUCUAUGACCGUUACCACGAAAAGGACAAGUUUCUAGAACAGUUUUACACCAAUAAUGUUAAUUUUGAGGAUUCUGACAAGGAAGACAGACAGCAUCCGCGCAUGAAGAGGCAUAGUGUUGAUAUAGACCUAAUAAGUCUGCUAUUUUUCCAUUUUUUCUAUGCAACCUCCACCUACAUAUUCUGGUGUUAUCUGUACUCACCGGUCUUCAGUAUGGUGUCUUCGUGCCUAGACUUGGUGUUUUGACUGCUGCUAACUGUCAACAUAGGUUUGUAUUUACAUUGAACAAGAGAAGUAUUUUACAAGAAUUAUAACAGACAUUUAUUUCUGAAUCAGAUUUUCUGUCCCAGCUUUUAGAAUUGCAUGUUUUUCUUUCAUAUAUGUUUCUGAAUGUUCAGAAUGCAAUCAUGUCUGAACUUCACCUAUCUGUCUGCGAGUUUGUCCUAAAAUACAGAUGUACUGUAGUUCAUUAAAAAAAAUUAUAAUCUAUUUUGCUAUAGUUUGCAUCCAAAAUGUUCAAGAUGUAAUAUCUAACUAAAAAGUAUGUAAUUUUCCCAGAAUCAAAGAAAAGAAAAAAAAACAAGAAUUUUUUUUUUCCAAGUUCCAAAUUCAUGCAACUACAUUAUAUAUGUACAUAGAAAUACAAAUCUAGUCAUAAGGUAUUUUCUAACUCUUUUUUUUUUUUCCAUGUUUAACAUUAUUUUAUAAAUCGUGAACCUUUUAAAUUAGUAAGAAAAUCAGGACUGUACUACACAUUUUUAAGUGCUACAUAGAUUACAGUGAAUUUCCAUUGGGAAAAAUCGGAUAACUAGUGAAGUAUUGCAUAUUUAAUAUGUACUUCUGUGUCAAUGAACAAGAAAGUCAGUGGUUAUGCAGUAUAUAUUUUGCCAUUCUGAAUGGUUUGGGGAGUACACGAUUGGAGAUGUGCUCGAUUUCAAGAACUCUGGUACAUUGCAAACAUUCAGCAGACCUAAACAAGUACAGGGUGGAAUGAAAAUUUAACACUUCAAAAAAGAAAUUCCAAAUAUGCCCAAUCACAUCAAUAACAAGUAAAAAUGUGUGUGGUUUGUUCUUGAGCUAUAAUUCAGCAGGCAAUUGUUUAGCUUUUAAGAAAUUAACGCUCAUUUUUGUUUAGCAAGACGCUAUCGACGGUACCCAUGAUAAAAAACAUAUUGUCACGAUUGAAGCAUUGUUGAAUAUGUCACACUUUGGACACAUUGUAGCUACUGCAUUGUUCUUCACAUUUUUCAUUCUGUUUACCUGUGAAUCAGAUUAGAGAUGGACUUUGGCCAGAAUGUGAUCCAGCAUAAGAUUCAAUUACAAUUCCUAAGAAGUGCUGAGUGAAAUCGAGCAUGCUUUUACAGUCCUUGGUAGGUUGGGUAUGAUGGAAUCUGUACACAGUGUAUUAAAGGUAACAAAUGAGAUUACAGAUGCUUUAUCACUAGGAUGAUAUUUUACAGAUUAUGUAUUUUAGUUAUAACAUGUAUUUGGUGUUUCGCUCAAUAUUGAAUGAUUCUAAAUGUUUGUGGCAAACACAUUGGGUAAAAUUGUGAAUCCAGUCACAACCUAGUAAAGGGACCAAAGCAUAGUAAUAUUGACCCUUCGAAGUUUUCAACGCCGGAUCAUCCAAGGUGUGAAAUAAUGCAGACAGUGUGUAUCCAUGGCUUGACAAUGUAGUGAAUCAUGAUGUACCAUUUUGAAAUGAAAAAAAAAAGAAGAUAUAAUGAAUUUUUUUAUAUGUACUUUUUAUGUUAAAUCUUUGUCAGUGUAAUACAACAUUUACCAUGGUAACAUUUAGACCGACAUAUUAGGUUCAUUUCACUUAAGGCUAUAUGCUACCUUAUACAUUUUGUUUGUGCCUUGUGUUGGAGUUAAUUAUCUGUGUAGAAAAUUUGAACAUCCGUACCAUUACAUAAUCAUUACAAGACUAAUAAUUAUCUAUGAAUAUUAUUAAAAGUUUUUAUAGCAUGGAAAUCUUUUUUAAAAUACACAUUUGACAAAAGGUAGCAUGUUGCCUUAAGAUUUUUCAUAUUUUUGAAGCCAGAGACAUGUUCCGAAGGCUACAUAAAUCAGACAUGAUUUUUGUCCUCUUUAAACUGAAUUUUUUUUUUUUUUUUUUGUCUUUAAAUUGAAAUUUUAAAACAAUUGUAUGUGCAUACCUGAGUUGCUGUUUUAUGUUGUAAAUAUGAACAUUUAGUAUGCCCGGUUACAGUAUGUGUUAGAGUGUUUAAUAAUGACAUUACAGUAUCUGAUAAUGAAACUAGUCAUCUUGGAUAUAUUUCAUUGAAAAAAAAUAGUAUUUUCAAAAAUCUUACACUUACGUGUGUUCAAUAUACUUGUACUUACGAAAACAAGUAAAUUCUUAAAAAAAUAUUUUUGAAAAAAAAUUCUAUAUUUUAAAUUCCUGUACCAGAUAUAUACAAGUAUGUCUUCCUUACAUUAAUUCCCUGUUAACAGUUUGUCAUACAUAUUCAUUGAUACAUUCAAAGCUGAUAUUCUACAAAGUGAUAAAAUUUGUAAUUGUCAAAGAUAGUAAUAUGCAUUAAAUCAUAUACAUGGAUAAACUUCGGACAUUUACAUCAAGAUAAUGAAACUUAAAAUAAUAAAUUAGGUAGAGCCAUCAGAGUUAAGCAGAGUUUCAUCAUGAUUAAUCCUAAGUAUAUUCAGGGUAUUGUAGAUCUAGAGCUACCUCAGAGUUAAGUAAAGUUUCGUUGAAAUUAAUCUUAAAUAUAUUCAGAAUAUCGUAGAGCUCCAUCCAUAUCCGAUAAGAGUUCCCGCAAAAUUAUGCAGAGUUUCAUCAGAAUUAAGAAAAACUUGAGAAAUAAUUUCCUUUGUUAAUUUUUAAUGUACCUUACAUCAUUUAUAGUAAUGUUCCUAAUUACAUACAUAAUAUAUAAAGAAAGUAAAGAAAGAAGAGGUUGGCAAGUGUAGAGUUGGCACUUAGUUUACAUGUUUAUUUACUCACAUCGUUUUGGUUCUACCUCGAUGAACAUUGUCAUUCACUGUGUUGCAUUCCAAAGAUGAACUUCUGGGUAAAACUGCAUCAGUAUUUCUUGUACUUGUGUUCACAAAGCUUAAUUAUAGCACAAUAUAUUUCAGGGAGAAUUAUAACAUAACAGUCAUAUAUUGAAGGAGAAUUACAGUCAUAUAUUGAAGGAGAUUUUCUAUGUUUAUAGUUGAGAACAACAAAAAAAUGGUUACUGGGGUAACAAUAUUGCUUCAUCUGACUGGCGCCCACCUUACCAGUUUGCUGGUAACAAUAAAAUGUUCUGACAUGAGGGAAAAGCUCGAAAUUUUCAACUCAAUGUUAUUGUUUCAUUCGAUCUAAACACCAUGUAUGCUUGUUGCUUAGGAACUUAGAGUGAGCAGAUUAGCUUUUGUGAUCUCCGUAGGUUAAAGGUCAUUGUGUUAAGAUGGAUAUGAAGGGCCAAAGGUCACUACUCUUUGUCUCUAUUUGUGUUGCUGAUAUAUGUUGAUAGGGAGUAUGGUAUAACUUAAUACAGAUCUGUUAUUGCUAACAAUAAAACGACACGUUAUUGUACAAGCUUAUGUUGUUGAACAUGAUUAUUGUCAUCCUUGAUACUCUAGAGGUUGUAUUCACUUCUACUCUGUAAAGAACGAAAGUCUGCACAGAGCGAAAGUAACCCCUCGAGUAUUGAGCAUGGUUUUAUUGCAAUUGCCUGAAACAGUUGACAAAAUCAAAAAGAAACAUUUUAUUUCUGAUUUCAUCGAUUGCUUUUCUCAUCAAUCAUCUUUAAAUGUAUAAACCAAAUGAACAACUUUACAAAGGACCAAAUCAGAUCUUAUUUGAUAGCCAGGUGAUUAUGGACCAAAUGUGGAAAUACUGAUAAAAAGACAAAUAUUUACAUCUUUCCACUUCACUCUUUUAGCUUUCAAAUUUUAUUUCAAACCACUCCAUCCAGAUAUUAUAAUAGAUGUCGUCUUUAAUUUCAAAUACAACUGCCAUAGAAAAACAAAAAGUUUGUUUUGCCUUAUAAUAAUGUAUACUUUUUCUAGGACAAAGAAUAUUUGAAGAAUAGUUCAAUCACAAGUGUUAUUCUUUAGAUGUUUUUGAGCUUUGACUUUGCACAGAGGAAAGUUUUGUAUUCGGAAGGCGACUAGUGUUUUCCUCAACUGUGGAUGAAUCCCACAAAUCUCAGCUUCCCAGUCCAUCGUUCUAGAAAUCAAGCUAAACAGACAUUUCCUCUAACAUGCAACUGAAAGGUGAACAAAUGAUCAAAGUAAAACAUUACUAGCUCUCCCAGCCUUUUUGAUGUGAUUGACCACAGUCUAUUAGCACAGGUUCUGUCCAGCAUAGCCUCUCAUCUCCUGUAGCUUUGCAGUUCAGGUCAGUGUCACUAAACUGUAAUAGGGGCAGUACUGAAUAGUGUGCUUCAACCAGGAAUCAUAUCUACAAGCCCUGGCAUCAGUCUGCUGCUCUACGUAUGGUGUUAUAGGUUAUUAUCCUCGAACAUGAAGAAGGCAACCAUACUGCUUUGUGUAAUUAAACCCCGUCAGCUUUAUUACAAAAUCACCAAAGUCUUUAAUACACUAAAUAGCUUGUCUUUCAUUAAGCUUAAAGGUAGCAGUGAGGACUGGUUAGUCAGUUGUCAGGACUGGUUCGUCGGUUGUCGGAACUAGUUCCUCUGUUUCAGGGACUGGUUAACUAGUUGUUGUCAGGACUGGUUUGUCGGUUGUCGGGACUGGUUCGUCGGUUGUCGGGACUGGUUCGUCGAUUGUCGGGACCAGUUCGUCAGUUGCAUGACUGGACUGGUUCCUCUGUUGCAGGGACUGGCUAGUCUGUUGUCAGUAUAAUAUGGGCAGGGACAUCAUACUACAUUGUAUUUCAGUGUUAGGACAUUAUAUCAACACAAAUGAUCUUAUCAUAAUAUAAAUGACCUUGAUAAUUAAACCCAAUCAAAGGAACCUUUGCACCCUAAAAUCAGACAGUAUUCUCAAUUUUAAAAUUUGACCCCUGGAAUGAUAACAUUAAUUCAGAGGCUUUCAUUACAUGCCUCAAUAGAUAGCUUUUGUAAAUGAGAUAUGAAAUAUCAUGUUUAAAUAUUUGAUUCUUUUAUCUGGAAUGUCCACAUCAAUUGCUAAGCAACCUGGCUACAGAGGAUCAUAUGGAUAUGCUAGUAAUCCUUUUCUAUUUUUAAUUUUGAUAAAUGUAAAUAUAAAGUAUAUACAUGUACAUGUAAAGCUGUUGCUCAAAACAACUCUGUUAUUAUCAAAGAUUUUGAAAUUCAUUCUGUUGUCAAAUAAUUAUGUUCAAAGAUUUGUUAAAGUUUACUGAGGAACCUUGCUCUGUUUCAUUUGUCAUUUCAUUGUGGUUUUUAGAUGUGACCAGCUUAAGUUUUAAGUGUUACUAACUUCAGGUGUGACCUAGAUAAGACCAGUGUGUCACUAAUGUGUGACCAAGGUGUCAAUUAACCACAACUAAUUUAAAGUGUGACUUAGGUGUGAAAUAGCCACGGCUAAUUAAAUGUGACUUUGGCAUAAAAUAGCCACGGCUAAUUAAAUGUGACUUUGGCAUAAAAUAGCCUUGGCUUAUGAAAUGUGUGACCUUGAUGUGAAAUAGCAAUGUCUAAUUCAAUGUGUGACUUGGGUGUAAAAUAGCCACAGCUAAUUUUAUGUGAAACGUAGGUGUGCUGUGAAAUAUACCACGGCUAAUUUAAUGUGUAAUUUAGGUGUGAAGUAGCCAUUAAGAUUUUUAUUUCCAUGUUUGACUUCUUGCCUACCUGCUAUUAUUACCCUGUAUGUUUUAUUGAAAUGUCCUCAGCAUUUUGUGUACUUUGGAAACAUACAGAUUUGUAUUUGAUAUUUUGUGUUAUAUAGAAUGUUAUAUACAUGUAAUUUGUUAAGUAUAUAGAUGACAAUAUAUUUAUCGUAUAUUCCACUAACUAGUCUAUGUAUUUAUAAUGUAUUUGCCUUUAAAUUUAAAUUAUCAACAUAAGAACUUGACAUACUUUGUAUUCAAGAAUGUGUAAAUUUUACAAAACAAAACUAAAAAAUUUAUCGAUGACAACAAAAUAUAUUUUCUCUGAUAUCUGUCAUUUUAAUACUUUAAAUUUCGCUCUGAAAUUACUACUAUAAUCAAACUUUGUUAAGUAGGAUAACUCGAAGACCCUGUUUAACUCGAAAUAUUACUCCCGGCCAAAUUCCUUCUUUUUCUUUUCCUGAUCCCAACCACUUCAAAUUUACGAGAUAUGACUACAUUCAAAUGCUCUAUCAAAUAUACUGGUCAAGGGCAUCUGAAAACUUGGCUGGAAGAGGGUUAACUGUGUAUAAGAAGUUGUUUUCUCCCAUACUUCACAGGGUUAUCCGGUGGUUGCUAAGGAAAAGAUAAAUCGAUCUUUCACGGGGUGGGUAAAGACAGUCGCACACGCUAUAUGCCACUGCUCACAAUGACGUAACGUCAUCAUUUUACGUUGAGUAACCAAGUUGUAAAUGAUGAUGUCAUACAUUUUGACGCACAUUCCAAGGAGCAUUGAAAACGGGUGAUGACAAACUUUCAUGAAAAUUCAUGUUUGGUUGCAAGUAUGUGAGAAAAAUAAUCAAUCAUGGGUCUGUUCCGCGAACAAGGAUACCUCAACCCUCGUGUAAGAGUUUGGCUGGUCAGCACUCAGCAAGCCUCGUGCUGACUGGCCAAACUCUUACACGAGGGUUGAGAUAUCCUGUCCACGGAACAGACCCAUGAUAGAUUCUAUUAUUCCUUUACUGGGAAGGGUGUUGCCUAGCCUGACUUUCCCCUGGCCCUCGCACCAUAUCUGGUGUAGGAAACCCGACUUUCCUCUGGCCCUCACACCAUAUCUGGUGUAGGAAACCAGUUUCCUCCGGCCCUCACACCACAUCUGGUGUAGGGCCCCUACACCAGAUGUGGUGUCAGGGCCAGAGGAAACUCAGGCUAGGUGUUGUCAUAUCACCACACUGAAAUCUACUGUAAACGCACACGCAUAUUAGCAGUAAACUUAUUUCCUUGCUUUUCCACAUUGGAAUCAGAGAUAGAAUAUUAGAAUAUUUCCACAUUGGAAUCAAAGAUAAAAUAAUAGAUUUAGUUUCUAUAAAUUGUGUAUUAUUUUUACAGUAAGUUGUGUGAGUGUGUCAGUACAUCUGUGUUAUUAAAGCUCAACAAAGUAAUUCCAAGUUGUUUUUCCCUUGUUUGGCCUUUUAGAAAAUAUGAUAUUGGCCAAUCAUAAUGAUAUCUACUCAUAUUUUUAAAAGGCUGAAGAAACAUCAGAAAUCAUUUCAGUAUGUACAGAAAACUGUAAGGAUAUGCUUCUAAGUAUAGCUAGAUGGCACCUAUAUGUUGACAAAAAUAUUGUUUGGAAGGUUUGCUGUAAAUUGGGCAUUUAUCUAGUGGUUUUAAGGUUUUAUUUUUUGUGCUGUAAUUGUUCUUUAAGAUGUAGAUGGUGCCACAUAUUUUCACAUUCCUACAUAACAAAUCAAAUAAAACACAUACAUGCAAAUGUUAACAAAAUAUGUAAUUUUCAUCAUCAAUGCCAUUAAUGCCUUAUUUCAUUCAUCAUACAGUAUGUUAUCGCAGAUUCAUGAAAGACAACAAUUUCGUAGAACUAUGUAAUAUAUAUUGCCAGUAUCUUUGUUAAACAGCAUUUUAUUUUACAGAUAUACAUGGAUUUUAGCAAUACUGAUUAAUCAGACACCGACAAUGAUGUGGAAAACAAUAUCCAUUGUCAUUUCUGUAUGGAAUAUUACAAACCCCUGUUACUGUACUUAUUAUGCAAUAAGCUGUGAUUCAGCACAAUAUCAAAGUAGGAAGUAGGAUUCAUCCGACUUUCCUUGGUCUAUGUGCCCAAAAUCUGAAGGUAUGAGGCUAGGAGACUAAAAUAAAUCAGUUAGUCCAUUCAGAACUAAGGGUUUGGUUUAUUUUAUGUUUUUUACUGGACAAGACUUAUUGCAGGAUAAUUAUAGUAGCGUUAUCUUCGAUAUUAGGCUAGGAGACCAAAAUAAAUUGGUUAGUCCAUCAGAAUUAAGGGUUUGUUUUUUGUUUUUUUUUACCAGACAAGGACUUUUUGCAGGAUAAUUACAGUACCCAUCUUCAUACAGAAGAUUAUAAUUCACAUAAUCAAGCUUACUACAUUUGUUUUGGUCGGUGGUAUAAUGUAUUUUUUGUUCAGUAUUUACUGUCUGUUAGGUUUUAAAAUGUAUUUUUUAAAAGGUAUUUGUGUACUGGGUAUAUAUUUUGUGUUACCUAUUUACUAUAUACAUGUAUAAUGUUUUGUGUUAACUAUUUGCCAAUACUGUAUUUUGUAUGUUUCAGUCAUGUUACAUCAAUCAAUGUUUGUUUUUGAAUGAUUUAUCAAUAAAUUUAUGAAUGCGGUAA